GCAGCUCGCAGGUAGCCGGGCUACAGGACAGUUUUGCAGCGGGAGCCCCGGGCUACCGCCUGACCUCUCGAGGGCUGGGGUCUGGGACCACACCCGCAGCAGGUAGGGUCAGGUCCGCUUCCAGCCACGCCGUUCCUCAGUAACAGCCGCGAGCGCCUGGGGACCCCGGAUGGGCCCGGCGGAAGAUCGGCGAGCGGGCUUCGUGGGGCCACGGCGGCAGCAGAGUGACCGCAGGCUGCGCUGACCCACCGCCACGAAGCGACUGCCACGUCAGACCAACUUCACAAAACCUGGGCGAGGGCGGUGACGCAGGCCCGGCGGCCUGGCGGGGUUGGGCCGGGGGCCAAUAGAGAAGGCUGACCUCGAGCCCCGCCGCCCCCUUCAGCGACGCCCCGGCCGGCGCCGGCGCCUGCCAGGCCCUCAGGGAGGCGGGGGAACAGCGGAAAAGGCGGCGCCAUCGCGAAGCCCGCGCCUCGCCCGCACCCUCACCACCUGGUCCACAGUCCGGCCCAGGGCUGGGCGGCGUCUGCGGAAGCUCCCUCUGCCUGGCGCAAUCGCCCCGAACCGCUCUGAGACCGGGGCACCAGCGGCGUGGAGAGGAGACGGCGGCGGGUAGGGCGGCCGGAGCCGGGACAGCGACCAGCCAUGGAGACGCGCUACAACCUGAAGAGUCCGGCUGUUAAACGUUUAAUGAAAGAAGCGGCAGAAUUGAAAGAUCCAACAGAUCAUUACCAUGCACAGCCUUUAGAGGAUAACCUUUUUGAGUGGCACUUCACAGUUAGAGGGCCCCCAGAUUCUGAUUUUGAUGGAGGAGUUUAUCAUGGACGAAUAGUACUGCCACCAGAAUAUCCUAUGAAACCACCAAGCAUUAUUCUCCUAACGGCUAAUGGACGAUUUGAAGUAGGCAAGAAAAUCUGUUUGAGCAUCUCAGGACAUCAUCCUGAAACUUGGCAGCCUUCAUGGAGUAUAAGAACAGCAUUAUUAGCCAUCAUUGGGUUUAUGCCAACAAAAGGAGAGGGAGCCAUAGGUUCUCUAGAUUACACACCUGAGGAAAGAAGAGCACUUGCCAAAAAAUCGCAAGAUUUCUGUUGUGAGGGAUGUGGCUGCGCCAUGAAGGAUGUCCUGCUGCCUUUAAAAUCUGGAAGUGAUUCGAGCAAGGCUGACCAAGAAGCCAAGGAACUGGCUAGACAAAUUAGUUUUAAGGCAGAAGUCAAUUCAUCUGGAAAGGCUAGCACUGAUUCGGACUUAAACCACUCUUUUUCACUAAAUGAUUUACAGGACAAUAUACCUACAACAUUCCAGGGUGCUACGGCCAGUACAUCGUACGGAGUCCCAAACCCCGCGGGAGCAUCCCUUCAACAACCUGUCCAACCUGUAGCUAAGAAUACCUCCAUGAGUCCUCGACAGCGCAGGGCCCAGCAGCAGAGUCAGAGAAGGUCAUCUGCUUCACCAGAUGUAAUCCAGGGCCAUCCGCCAAGAGAAAACCAGACUGAUCAUGGCGGAUCUGCUGUACUGAUUGUCGUCUUGACUUUGGCAUUGGCAGCUCUCAUAUUCCGACGGAUAUAUCUGGCCAAUGAGUACAUAUUUGACUUUGAGUUAUGAGAUUGUUUUUUGUCUUAAGAGCUGUGACUCAACUGCUUCAUUAAACAUUCUGCAUUGGGUAUAAUCUAAGAAUUGUUUACAAAAAAAUUAUUUUGUAUUUACCCUUCAUUCCUUUUUAGAUCCUUAUAAAUUCAGUAUAAAUAUAGCUAGACGUUCAGACUGUGUCCUGCUUAGUUUAAGGGACUGGAAGUCAAGUCCCUUGUCUCACUAUAUGACCUGCUUCAAGGGAAAUCACUUGUUUCUCAUGCCUCAGAUUCUUUUUAUGUAAAUUUGUGAUACUUUUCUGUAUAGCCCUUUUAAAUUUUUGGAUAAAAGAUGGUGUUUUAAGUUUCAAUGAGUAUUAGUAGUUACUCAGUAUCGUUUAUUGAGUACUCUGUUUCUACUUAUGUAGAAUGAUACAAGGAUAAGAGUUGAAAACGGAAAGUAAAACCCCUCUAAUAGCUUACUCAAAAUGUUAUUCGUAGGAAACAUACUGGGAUUACCCAUUCUGUGACAUAUUUUGUGUCCUAAACAUUCUUCAAUGAAAGUUAACUAUUUCUGUGAAACCUUUAUGAGGAAAUGAGAUUACAUCUUGGUUAUAGGAUGUUACUUGAAGAGAGAAUAAUGCUUUGUAACCACUUUGAUAUGCCAUUACCCUAUCCUCUUCAAUGUGCACAUAAGAUUUAAAAAAAAGAAAGAACAAUCCUCCAUAGAGCUUUGUUUUAAGGAAGGAAGGAAAGGCCCAAGCUAGGAAAUCACUUGAUUUUAUUCCAUAAGUUAAAUGGGAGGAUCUUAAGAUUUCAAUGUUUGGUCUACUUUGAAUUGUAUGUCUUUUGAGAUGUAUAUAUGCCUAGCUUUGUAAUCACUAUAAAUUUAAUUCUUCUGGAAUAUUCAUAAUGUUGAAAUAUUUCAUGUACCAUUUUAAUAGAAAAGCUCAGGGCCCAAGGAACAGUAAUAGAAAUUAGAAAAACCUUUCUUGGAAUUGUCCACCUAAUCAAAGCCCAAGAAAUAAAUUUCAAUGCAAAAUCAAUAUAUAAAUUAGUGCUAGCUAGCUCCACAAACUCUAGUAGAUAUUUUUACCAUCAUAAUGCCUGGUGAGAACAUAUAAUCACAGAAAAUCUUUGCCUUCAGCAUGUUCAGUAGCAUUAUUGAAGACACUCUUGAGAGUGUUGUUAAUGAUGAUUUAAUUUUUAAAUACAGGCAGUCCCUAGCUUUCAAACAGGUUAUGCUCUAAAAGUGUAUUUGUAAGUUAAUUUUUUUACAACACCAUGUUGUAAAUAAUGUUUAGGUUCUAGAACAGUCAACACAAAUUAAUCCAUAAUGUAUCUUGAAUAUUUUGGGGGAUGGUAUCCAUAAAGUCCUUAUGUGGUUUUAACUAACUUAAACUAUGGACAAGAUAGAAACAAUUCGUAAAAUGAUUUUAAGGGCAAAUUUGAUUUUUACUCCUACUAUGGGACUUUGGUUCUAUUAACUAUCAGACACAAUUUCUGUGUUCAUCUGAUAGCCAGUUGUCUGUUAUGUCUGCAUCUAAAAUAAAAACAUAUUGUAUACUAUUAUAUAAUAUAUAGUUAUCUUAAAUUUUGAUAAAUUGGCAUUUGAAAAGUGUUUACAGAUUGUUUCUGUUAUAUCUGCGUAUAGCUGAAGUUGGUAAAGUCUAAAAAAGCCCAAGGACUUUAUGAAGACCUCAUAUGUCAGGAAAAUUAUAGGUUACCAUUUUAUAACUUUAUUGCCAUGAGAAAAUUCUGAAGUCUUGAUUUGGAACAUAAGGUGUUAGAAAUACUGGUUCAAUGAUCAGUGCCCUAGCAAGAGGCCACUGACCCUGGAAAACCAGGUAAUAUUACCACCUGAGAAGAGAAAGGCCCUGUGCUCUUAACCUAUCCUGAGAUUAAUCUUGUGCCAGAAACAGUCUUCUCUUCCCUUCCUCUAGUCACACUUGAGCUUCUGAAUCUAUGUCAUCUUGUAUGUUUCCAUGUGGUGUACCUAUACUUUCAAAUUAAUUAAGCCAAGAAGAUUUUGCAUUGUACAAAUCCUUCUCUCUCAUUUGCCUCUCUUCCCUAACCCAACACUGACAGGCCACUUUCUUGUUUGUGUUGGGGAUUUUUGUUUUUUUUUUAGCACCUGAUAGCAUCUGAAAGGGGCAUAGUUUUUGCUCCUUGCCUUUCAGCUAACACGUUACUUAAAAACCCUUAAAUUGUUAAUCUGACCCCCAUUGUGGAGUUAAUAAGCAAAAUUGAUCUUUGGGGCCGUGCUUACUCAAACCCCACUCCACCCUUGGGCCUCUUCAGAAAACCAUUAUUUUUAAAACCCCACUUUAACCCCUUAAUUAUAGCAUAAGGUCACAACUGGAUGUAUGAUCUGCCAGGUAAAGGCUUAGGACUCCUUCUUUCCCCCAUCCUCAGAUGUAGGUAACUCAGUGACUUUUUCUUUGGCCAAUAUAGCACAUGCCCACACACCAAGGUAAAGAAGCAUGCUUGAAAAAAAUACAUAAUGUAUGUUUCACCUGUAACUGUUUAAGCAAUUGAAACCUUUAAAGUUUUAUGUAUUGUGGGGCUUUAUGUAGCACUUUACAUUUUCAUGCUGCUUAUUGUUUUUAUUCUGCUGAAAUAAAUUAAUUUCAUCAAAAUUCUCAACUAAUUUUUAAGAAAACCUUUAAAAAGUGUUUAUUAUUUUGACUAUGGAAAUACAAAAUUUACUAUUUCAGGAGAAUAAGAAAUCUUUUUGUUAUUUUUAGCUAUGAAUAAACUUUCUGGUAUUUGGAGACCUCCCAUUUUUAUAGACCAUAAUCAGUAAACAAGCAAACCUCACAUAUUUGGACUUACUUGAGCAGAAACCUAGGCUGAAGUACUGAAAAGCCUAUUUUGUUUUAUUACUUGCAAGUACGUAUAUGAAAGGUGAAUGCUUUUAGUGAACCUGACUUUUAACAAAGAAUAAUGUGUGCAUUAAUGUGUACUAUGAAAGCCUUCGUGGGAGGCUGUACAUUGCUCAAAAGCUGUUUGGAACACCUCUUUAACAGUUGCCUUCAGAACUAGUUUGAGAUGCUCAAUAAAACCAGUGACUUUAUUCAUA